AUACGUAUUGAAAUAUAUUUAUGAUAUGACACUAAUGUAAUUUUUGUUUAGUAUUUUUAGAUCUACUAUACUAAUUUGUACUCUUAAAAAUCAACAUAUCUGAAUAGAUAUGGGUUUGUAUUCUAGAUGUUAAUUACACGAUUUAUCACCGCAAACAAUACUUAAGAAUGGCUUUAAUAUCAAAAACUAGGGUAUUAAACAAUAGAGGUGUAGGAGCUUUAGGUACAUAUCGUGAUUUGAGUUCUUUUGAAUAUGCCGCGCCUCCACAUCUUCAACAUGUAAUAGUACCAGUGGAAAAAUAUGUGGGUGUUAAAAGUGAACUAAGUCCAGACUGUAGAUCUGUAUUCAUGCAUAUGUCGGAUCCGCUAAAGUUUCUCAAUGGAGACGCCUCAUACGUUCCACAUGUUACUGUUGACGAUAUAACCCCAAAAGGAAAAGUCUUACGUGGAACAGGUCUUCAUGGACCAGAAAGAACUGAUGUUAUGCGACUAGUGCUAUUUAAUCGUUUGAAAUCCAGACAACUGCAACGUAUCGUUCCAAGUGAUAGGGAGGCUCAGAAUGAUUCUUACUUUUUUAUUGCAUCAUCAUGGUUAUUUGGAUCGUUUAUAUUAGGUUCAUAUCUCAUAAGUACACCUAGAGAAUACGCCAUUAAGCAUGAGCACUUCCCUUGGGUCCCUGCAAGAACCGACGGUACCAGGGGUCCGGGAGUUCACACCUGGUUUACUAAUUAGAAACACCUAUAAGACAUUCUAUUUC